UUAUCUUCCUGGGAAACAUCACUUUUUGUAUGUAAAGAAUAUCUCACUGCAUUGCUGCAACUGAGUUUAGAAUGUUACUUGACUUGUGAUUCUGAUGGAGGAAUAACCACAUCUCAGGCUGCUGCACUGGAAGACUUUACAGGAAAUACAAAAUGUCAUCGAAUAGGAGUCAGAACCCACAUGGACUUAAACAGAUUGGUCUUGACCAGAUAUGGGAUGACCUAAGAGCUGGAAUUCAACAGGUUUACACCAGACAAAGUAUGGCAAAAUCCAGAUACAUGGAACUCUACACUCAUGUUUAUAACUACUGUACCAGUGUACACCAGUCUAAUCAAGCACGGGGAGCUGGAGUGCCCCCUUCUAAAUCAAAAAAGGGUCAGACACCUGGAGGUGCUCAGUUUGUUGGCUUGGAAUUGUACAAACGACUAAAAGAAUUUCUGAAGAACUACUUGACAAAUCUCCUUAAGGAUGGUGAAGAUUUGAUGGAUGAGAGUGUGCUGAAAUUCUACACUCAGCAGUGGGAAGAUUACAGGUUUUCAAGCAAAGUAUUGAAUGGGAUAUGUGCCUACCUCAAUCGACACUGGGUUCGUCGUGAGUGUGAUGAAGGUCGUAAAGGAAUAUAUGAAAUUUAUUCACUUGCCUUGGUGACCUGGAGAGACUGCUUAUUCAGGCCAUUAAAUAAGCAGGUAACAAAUGCAGUGUUGAAAUUGAUUGAAAAGGAGAGAAAUGGUGAAACUAUCAAUACAAGGCUGAUCAGUGGAGUUGUGCAAUCCUAUGUGGAGCUGGGGCUGAAUGAAGAUGAUGCAUUUGCAAAAGGCCCUACACUAACUGUCUAUAAAGAAUCCUUUGAAUCUCAGUUUCUUGCUGACACAGAGAGAUUUUAUACACGAGAAAGUACUGAAUUCUUGCAACAGAACCCAGUCACAGAGUACAUGAAGAAGGCUGAAGCUCGUCUCCUCGAGGAGCAGCGUAGAGUUCAGGUAUAUCUCCAUGAGAGCACACAAGAUGAGUUAGCACGAAAAUGCGAGCAAGUACUUAUUGAAAAACAUCUGGAGAUAUUUCAUACAGAGUUUCAGAAUUUGUUGGAUGCUGACAAAAACGAAGACUUGGGACGCAUGUAUAACCUUGUAUCUCGAAUCCAGGAUGGCCUUGGAGAGCUGAAAAAACUCUUGGAAACCCACAUUCAUAAUCAGGGUCUAGCUGCAAUUGAGAAAUGUGGAGAAGCUGCUCUAAAUGAUCCAAAAACAUAUGUACAGACAGUGUUGGAUGUCCAUAAGAAAUACAAUGCUUUAGUCAUGUCUGCAUUCAACAACGAUGCUGGAUUUGUGGCUGCGUUAGACAAAGCUUGUGGUCGAUUUAUAAAUAAUAAUGCAGUGACAAAAAUGGCUCAAUCAUCUAGUAAAUCUCCAGAGCUACUGGCACGAUACUGUGACUCUUUACUAAAGAAAAGCUCAAAGAAUCCAGAAGAAGCAGAAUUGGAGGAUACACUCAAUCAAGUGAUGGUUGUCUUCAAAUACAUUGAGGAUAAAGAUGUGUUUCAAAAAUUCUAUGCUAAAAUGCUGGCAAAGAGACUUGUACAUCAGAACAGUGCUAGUGAUGAUGCUGAGGCAAGCAUGAUCUCUAAACUAAAACAAGCCUGUGGUUUUGAGUAUACUUCCAAGCUGCAGCGGAUGUUCCAAGAUAUUGGUGUAAGCAAGGAUCUGAAUGAGCAAUUUAAAAAGCACCUGACCAAUUCAGAACCAUUAGAUU